GCAACCAAGCAAGGGUGGUGAGAUAUUCCGACGUUUCGGAUCAGCUGAUUGUCAUUUGUGCGUAGAAUGUAAAUCCUGAAGGAGUUCCAAAGUCCUAGUUUUACCUAACAAAUUUCUUCAAAAUGUUCUGCUGUCGUCUCAUAAAGCAUUCAUGCCCCAGCCCCAUACGCUCGCAACAAUACUCGGGCCCUGCGUCAUUGAAAAAACUCGAGGAAAUCCGGGAACGUCUUGCAAGUGGGCCAAGUUUUCAAGAUUUUGUACAAAAUCCUGAUAAUACGCGGGCCGAUUGGAGUUCAUACGAUGGCAAAUUGGCACGCGGCAAAAACGAUCCAGAACGUCUUCGUUUGCCGCCUUGGCUCAAAACGAAAAUCCCGACAGGCGAGAAUUUCAGCAAAAUUAAAUCUCAAUUGCGUGAAUUGAAAUUGGCGACGGUUUGCGAGGAGGCUCGAUGUCCUAAUAUAGGAGAGUGCUGGGGUGGCGGAGAGCAUGGCACGCAAACGGCAACUAUAAUGUUGAUGGGCGACACAUGUACUCGAGGAUGCCGGUUUUGCUCAGUGAAAACAGCCCGAAAUCCGCCACCCUUGAAUCCCGACGAGCCAGUCAGCACCGCCAAGGCGAUAGCUUCAUGGGGAUUGGACUAUAUUGUUCUCACUUCAGUGGAUCGUGACGACUUGUCUGAUGGAGGCGCUGCGCAUAUUGCCGAAACUGUUAAGGAAAUCAAAGAAAGAAAUUCCAAUAUUUUCGUGGAGUGUCUAGUGCCGGACUUUCGUGGAAACACCGACAGCGUUCGAACUGUUGCCCUUUCCGGGCUGGAUGUGUACGCGCAUAACAUAGAAACAGUGGAAUCCCUCACACCAUUCGUACGUGAUCGUCGCGCAAAUUAUCGUCAAACACUGAAGGUUCUAGCCGAGGCUAAAAAUAUCAAUCCAUCACUAAUAACGAAAAGCUCGAUAAUGCUUGGACUGGGCGAGACCGAUCAGCAAAUUGAACAAACAAUGAAAGAUUUACGAGAGGCUGGCGUUGAUUGUUUGACUCUGGGACAAUACAUGCAACCGACGAAACGCCACCUUAAAGUGAAUGAAUAUGUGACGCCGGAGAAAUUCAAACAUUGGGAGCUGAAAGGAAACGAGUUGGGUUUCCUGUACACAGCAAGCGGGCCGUUAGUGAGGAGCUCGUAUAAGGCCGGAGAGUUCUUCAUUACAAGUAUCUUGAAGGAGCGUAAGGCUCAGACUAGUGAAAGUAGUUAAAUGUGAUUCUGAUAGAAGUGUGGAUAAAUUGAUUUGUUAAAUAUAUAUGACGCUGAGGACUGAACUCAA